AUGGACAGCAGCACGUCCCCUCCCACAGCCCCGCAGCUCUGCUUCGAGAACGUGAGCGGCUCCUGUGUCAAAUCUCCCUACUCCCCUGGGGCCCGUGUGGUCCUGUACGCAGUGUUUGGCUUCGGGGCUGUGCUGGCCGUGUUUGGAAACCUCCUGGUGAUGAUUUCAAUCCUUCAUUUCAAGCGGCUGCAUUCUCCCACCAAUUUUCUGAUUGCCUCUUUGGCUUGUGCGGACUUUUUGGUGGGUGUGACAGUGAUGCCCUUCAGCAUGGUCAGGUCCGUGGAGAGCUGCUGGUACUUUGGGGAGAAUUUUUGUAUUUUCCACAGCUGCUGUGAUGUGGCAUUUUGCUUUUCUUCUCUCUUCCACCUGUCGUUCAUCUCCAUCGACAGGUACGUUGCUGUCACUGACCCUCUGGUCUAUCCCACCAAGUUCACGGUGUCCGUGUCGGGGAUGUGCAUCAGCCUCUCCUGGGUCCUGCCCCUCGUGUACAGCGGGGCCGUGUUCUACACGGGGGCCAACGACGACGGGCUGGAGGAAGUGGUGAGUGCCCUCAAAUGCGUGGGCGCUUGUCAAGUUAUUGCAAAUCAAAACUGGGUGUUGACAGAUGUUUUAUCUUUCUUUAUACCUACACUUAUUAUGAUAAUUCUGUACACUAAUAUUUUUCUUGUAGCUAGACAACAGGCUAAAAAGAUUGAAAAUAUGGGUAGCCAAGCAGAAUCAUCAUCAGAGAGUUAUAAAUCCAGAGUGGCCAGGAGAGAAAGAAAAGCAGCUAAAAUCCUGGGUAUCACUGUGAUAGCAUUUAUGAUUUCAUGGUUACCGUAUAGCAUUGAUUCAUUAAUUGAUACCUAUAUGGGCUUCAUAACACCUGCCUAUAUUAAUGAGAUUUGCUGCUGGUUUGCUUAUUAUAACUCAGCCAUGAACCCUUUGAUUUAUGCUUUAUUUUACCCAUGGUUUAGAAAAGCCAUAAAAGUGAUUGUGAGUGGUCAAGUUUUAAAGGACAAUUCAGCCAACAUGAAUUUGUUCUCUGAACAAAUGUAA